AUGUCUGCCGGGGGAGAACACCUCAAGGAUGAGGGCACGCGACGACAAGUCGUUCUCGCAGGCGGGAUCGCAGGCCUGGUCUCCCGAUUCUGCGUCGCUCCCCUCGACGUCGUCAAAAUCCGUCUCCAGCUCCAAAUCCACUCCCUCUCCGACCCAACCUCACACCAGAACAUAAAAGGCCCCGUCUACAAAGGCACGCUCCCCACGAUCCGCUCCAUAUUCCGCGAAGAAGGGAUAACAGGAUUAUGGAAAGGCAACAUCCCCGCGGAACUAAUGUACGUCUGUUACGGCGCCAUCCAAUUCGCCGCCUACCGAACCACCACGCAAGCCCUAUCGCAACUAGACCCUUACCGGCUCCCUCCGCCGGCGGAAUCCUUCGUCGCGGGUGCCACGGCCGGCGGGUUAGCCACGGCGUCGACGUACCCGCUUGAUUUACUGCGCACACGGUUUGCAGCACAGGGCACAGAACGUGUGUAUGCGUCGCUCUACGCGUCGGUGCGCGAUAUAGCGCGGAAUGAGGGCCCGAGGGGGUUCUUUCGGGGAUGUAGUGCCGCGGUCGGGCAGAUUGUGCCCUAUAUGGGAUUCUUUUUUGCGACGUACGAGUCCUUGCGGCCGGUGAUGUCUGGAUUGCAUGAUCUGCCGUUUGGGUCGGGGGAUGCCGCAGCGGGAGUGGUGGCCAGCGUCUUAGCCAAGACGGGUGUUUUUCCGUUGGACCUGGUGCGGAAGAGGCUGCAGGUGCAGGGCCCGACACGCUCCAAGUAUGUGCAUCGGAAUAUCCCGGAGUACCAGGGGGUGUUCAACACCAUGGCCAUGAUCGUGCGGACACAGGGGAUGCGAGGGCUCUACCGCGGUUUGACGGUGAGUCUCUUCAAGGCUGCGCCGGCCAGUGCUGUGACGAUGUGGACCUACGAGAAGUCGCUACAUUAUCUCCGCGAGCUUGAAGUGGCGGCGGAGUGA